AUGGAUAUUUUCGUCGAUGAACUACAAAAGAAUAGACGGUAUCAAAAGAUAAUGCAUUUAGGCGAAGGCCAGUUUGCAAACGUCUUCCUUGCCCGUGAUAACUCGAGAAACGGUACAUUUGUCGCUAUUAAGAAGGUCAAAGCAGGUCCCAAAUGGGUGCUAGAAGAUGGGAUGAAUAUAUCCGCUAUUCGGGAAGUGAAAUUAUUGCGUGAGAUGGACCAUCCUAACGUCAUGACUCUACUGGAUGUUUUUAGUCAGGACUUUGGUGUCUGUCUUGUUUUUGAGUAUAUGGAAUCUGAUCUUGAUGCUAUUAUUAGAGAUCCAAACAUUGUUCUUACACCAGCAAACAUUAAGUCGCUCAGUUUACAGCUUCUAAAAGGUGUUGAAUAUCUACACGCAAUUUGGAUUCUCCAUCGAGAUUUAAAACCAAACAACCUAUUUUUAAGUCCUCAAGGCGUCGUUAAAAUCGGUGAUAUGGGUUUAGCUCGCCAUUUUGCCGCCUCCCCUGGUCGACCUAUGACUCAUCUCGUGGCUACCCGAUGGUAUCGUGCUCCUGAGCUCAUUUUCGGAUCUACUCACUAUGGAGUUGGUGUUGAUUUGUGGGCCGUCGGAUGUAUCAUCGCCGAAUUUUUGCUUCGAGUACCGCUUUUCGUUGCAGACACUGAUUUCGGUCAAAUUGAUAAGAUUCUUGAGGUAAAUAGUGUUCAAUUCUUCAGUAAUUAA